AUGCCAGAGAAAACAAUUGUCGUUCUUCCAGGUGACCACGUCGGUACUGAGAUCACUGCUGAGGCCAUCAAGGUCCUCAAGGCCAUCGAGGAGGUGAAGCCGGAGAUCAAAUUCAACUUCCAACACCACCUGAUUGGAGGAGCUGCUAUCGAUGCCACCGGUGUUCCAUUGCCAGACGAUGCCUUGGAGGCCUCCAAGAAGGCUGAUGCUGUUCUGCUCGGUGCUGUCGGUGGUCCAAAAUGGGGUACCGGUGCUGUCAGACCAGAGCAAGGUCUUCUGAAGAUCAGAAAAGAGCUGAAUCUUUACGCCAACUUGAGACCAUGUAACUUUGCCUCCGAGUCCUUGUUGGACUUGUCUCCAAUCAAGGCCGAGGUUGUCAAGGGCACGGACUUUGUCGUUGUCAGAGAGCUUGUCGGUGGUAUCUACUUUGGUGAAAGAAAGGAGGAUGACGGUUCAGGCGUUGCGUCCGAUACUGAAACAUACUCUGUUCCAGAGGUUCAAAGAAUCACCAGAAUGGCUGCAUUCAUGGCCUUGCAACACAACCCACCAUUGCCAAUCUGGUCUUUGGACAAGGCCAACGUCUUGGCCUCCUCUAGAUUGUGGAGAAAGGUUGUCACUGAGACCAUCGAGAAGGAAUUCCCACAAUUGACCGUUCAACACCAGUUGAUCGACUCCGCUGCCAUGAUCCUCAUCAAGAACCCAACACAGCUCAACGGUAUAGUCAUCACCUCAAACAUGUUUGGUGAUAUCAUCUCUGAUGAGGCAUCUGUCAUUCCAGGUUCUCUGGGUUUGUUGCCAUCUGCCUCUUUGGCAUCUCUGCCAGACUCGAACAAGGCCUUUGGUUUGUACGAGCCAUGCCAUGGAUCUGCUCCAGACUUGCCAGCUAAUAAGGUGAACCCAAUUGCCACUAUCUUGUCUGCUGCAAUGAUGUUGAAGUUGUCUUUGGACUUGUACGAGGAAGGUGUUGCCGUUGAGACUGCUGUUAAGCAAGUUCUCGAUGCUGGUAUCAGAACUGGUGACUUGAAGGGAACAAACUCAACCACCGAGGUUGGUGAUGCUGUUGCUGAAGCCGUCAAGAAGAUCUUGGCUUGA